CGCCGCUUCUCUUUGGAAAACUUAAGACGCUUCCCAAAGAAAAUAUUACUCCCAAAUUUCUUUCAACCACGCCCUGGAAAUAGAAGAGAUUUGUUGCAAAUAACAGCUUUUACGAUGAGAACUGAGUCGUAUUCAGUUAGCGUGAUGACCUAUCACAUGGAAAGAAGAUGGAAUACCUAAGUCAUCGAUGUGAAAUGGAAGACGAUUUUAGUUCUACGGCAAGGUGUUGAAACCUAUGCAUAACUGGGGUCUGUAGAGCAGAAUUUACGAUACAACAACGCCAUUUCGCGAUCAUUGUGAAGAUAUCCGUAAGGCGAUGGAAAACUUUGCGAAUCAACAGGAUAUUCGAGGGAGACCAACAAGUCUGAGUUCAGUGAUGGGACUAAGUACGCCCGAGAGCGACCUGUCUCUUCCAUUCGAAGAAAACCUCACUGACCUAGUCCAUGACUAUCGCACUAAUGAAGAAACCUUGUUCAUCAACAACACAAAAAGAAGAACAAGAAGCCUGGAUUCCAUAGGAGAACUCAUACGGGAACUCGAGGAGAUAAAAGCAAAUAAACUCCAACAAUGUGAAAUAGAAGAAAAGGACAUGGUAAGGUCAUUUACUCCUUUGCACAUAGCAGCAGCGAUGGGAGAUGCAUCAGCCGUCGAGAGGCUUGUAAAGGAGGGUGGCUAUGAUGUACAUGCAAAAUCUAAAGAUCAGCGGACCCCACUUAUCGUGGCAUGCUCAUCAGGUAAAAUUGACACCAUUCGCACUUUGGUACACCUUGGAGCCAAUGUCAAUGCUUGCAGUGCAAGUGGUAGGACACCCUUGAUAUGGGCUUCAAGAAACGACGAUAAGAACGCGAUUCGCUUUCUCGUUAAACGAGGGGCGAAAGUUACAUGGAAAAACGCCAUGGGCCAAACAGCCUUGCACUUUGCUGCAUCUAAUGGAAGUACAAAUGCUGUAAAAGAACUUUUAAAGAGAGGAUGUAAUCUAGAAUCAAAAACAAAUGAGGAAUGCACCGCUCUGCACUUAGCCGUCCUAAAUGUGCAACAGAAUGCUAUCAAAGAACUGAUUAGCAGCGGGAGUGAUCUUCAAGCAAAGGACCAAUAUGGAUACUCUCCAAUGCAUUAUGCAGUCUUCUCAGGAGAAGCUCACACAGUAAAAAUUCUUCUGAAUAAAAAAGCUGAUGUCAAUGCAAAAGACAAACACGAUUUCACUCCUCUGCAUUUUACAGCACAGACAAACUGUGUCGAGGUUGCCAAGGAACUCAUACAAAACGGUGCAAAAGUUAACGCACAAGCUAAAGACGGCAUCAAUCCACUGAUGAUUGCUGCAUUUCAUAACAACACACACGUCGGCAAUUUGCUGGUAAGCAGUGGAGCAAAACGGAAUGCAAAUAACAAAGGUGGAAAGACAGCUCUUCACUUCGCUGCACUCAGAGGAAAUGUCCAGUUUACCCAGUUUCUUAUCGAUGUUGGCGUCCAUGUUGAUGCAGUCGACAACAAUGGAAAUACACCAUUACUCCGCGCCUCGCAACAUGGACAACACAGAACUCUCAAGACACUUUUGCAAGCAGGAAGUAUGGUAAAUGCCAAGAAUGAUAAAGGUUUGACUCCACUCAUAAUUGCAUCAAAUAGUGGCCAUUUUAAGUGCUGUAAACAUCUCAUUAACUUUAAAGCUAACUUGCAUGCGCUCCAUCAGACAACUGGAAAUACCUGCCUUCACUUUGCAUCAGAGAGAGGCCAUUCAAAUGUUGUACAAUUGCUACUCGAAAAUGGUGGCGAUGUUUCUGCGAAAGACAAACGAGCUCUUACAGCCCUGCAUAGAGCGUCAAAGAAUGGACACCUCGAGACAGUUGAAGCCCUUUUGCUGCGUGGAAGCGAUCCAAACAGCAAGGACAACUGGAGUUACACUCCCUUGCACCGGGCAGCAGAGUGUGGUCGUACCGAAACAGCUACUUUGCUUAUCAAACAUGGGGCUUACAUCUCCGCCACGGACAAAUGGAGGUUUACACCACUGCACAGAAGUGCUAGCGAGGGUCAUGUCAUGACUGUGCGAACUUUGCUGCUACAUGAUAGCGACAUACAUGCAAUUGAUUGUCUGGGAUACACACCACUCCACAGAGCUGCAGAACGUGGUCAUACAGACGCCUGUCGAUUGCUAAUUAGAAGCGGGAGUAACGUGCGUGCAACUGACUUCCAAGGAUUCGUUCCGCUUCAUAGAGCUUCGCAGAAUGGACACAAAGAGACUGCAGAGCUUUUACUAAGGGAGAAAAGUGACAUUAAGGCUAGAACAUACACCAUAAAGUUUUCAUCAUUGAGCAUGAAUCUAGGAAUAGAUUCCUCAACGGUUCAGGAUGGUGUUGCGGAGGGAAGCCGCCGCCAAGAGGGUCACACGUCACUUCAUUUAGCUUCAGAGAAUGGUCACAAGGAAACAGUCCAGUUAUUGCUGAGAGAAGGCGCUGAGAUCAAUGCUCUUGAUCACUGCAAUUGUUCAGCAUUGCACAAAGCAUCAGAAAAUGGUCACACUUCCGUUGUGGAAUAUUUGCUUCUUAAAGGAAGCGACAUCCACGGUACGGACAAAUGGAGAAACACUGCUGCGCAUCGAGCAGCACAAAACGGAUACACAAAUACAGUUGAAUGUUUACUGGCUAAUCGUGCUAGUGCACAUACAGUAAAUCAAUCGGAGUCUAUGCCCCUGCACUGUGCUGCGGCAUCCGGGCAUCUGGAUACAGUUCAAACUCUGAUAGUCGUGGGAGGAAGUAACAUUCAUGCUAAAGAUUCACGGGGACACACACCUCUGCAUCGUGCUGCUCAGAAUGGUCAUACUCAAGUCGUGGAUUGUCUUCUUAGACAUGGAAGCGAUGUCAAUUCGCUGAGUAAAGAGAAGUCGACGCCACUGGUUCUCAGCGCGUAUGGUGGCUUCACAGAUACUUGUUGCGUGCUGAUUGAAAAUGGUUGCUUAAUAAAUGCCUCGAUGACCAAUGGACACACGGCUCUUCACCUUGCUGCUCAGAACGGACACACGAAAACUUGCGAACUGAUAGCGACACACGGGGGAGACGUACACGCUAAAGACAACUGGGGUUACACUCCUCUACAUCGGGCGGCGCACAACAACCACAAAGAAACUAUCGAAGCUUUGCUGACGCAUGGCAGUGAUGUAACAUCUGCUGACAAAUUCGAAUUUACUGCGUUACAGCGUGCAGCACAAAGAGGACACAGGGAGUCUUUGGAAAUUCUCACAUCGCAUGCGAUUCAGAAAAUGAGGAGGUUCAGUACUUUGGAUCCUCCAAGGAGAAGACAUGUUCACUUUGAGAAAGCAGACUCUGACUGCAAUACCUGCCGAAUGAUGGGUCUGUACACUAUCACUGAAGAUAGAAACGAUGAGAACAUGGGAGAAGCGCGGAUCAGACGGCAAAGAUUUCAGACAGUGUGAAACAUUUCUAGAAUGGCUUUGCAUGAUGUUUUAUUAUUAAAAAUCGAUUUCAGUGCAAUGCCUUUAAUUAACAGUUGAUACGAAUAUAAGCGAGAGUGAUCAAACAUACUAAGUUUACAAUAAUUAGAGUCGACUUAGUCAUCUUAAUGAUGUAUCCAUACUUUGUUUUGAAAUUUCAUAAGACUGUUGAAUGCUGCGAUUUAUUAUACUGGCGCUUUCGAAAUUGUGCUGAUACCAUUUUUUUAAGUCACUAUUUUUUAUUGAGAUACAAAACGUGAAACGAAAUUGAUGUUGAUGAAAAGGGAUACGGCUUAGAUAUACCAACUUGCUUUAGCUAAAAAACUCGAUAACUCUUCGAAGAAAAAUUGCCUCAUCUGAUCGUAGAAUAUAGUGUAAUCAGUUUGCUUGUAUGACAUAAUUAACUGUAAGUGGGGCUUGACACAGAAAAAUAA